AUGGUUAAACUUGAAAGUUAUCACGUCAUGAUAGUCUCUAAGUACUUUGACACAAUCGAAGACUUCAUUAACUUGGAGUUGGUGUGUAAACAGUUUUGUGGCAAUAUGGAAAAAUUUCACUUUAACCCAAUACCGUUAAAUUCCAAAACGGUUGAAUACUUCCCAAAAAUCGAAACACUUCAUUUGUGGGAUGUAAUUGAUGAAAAUUUUGGUAAUGAUUUUCUGAUCAACAAACAAAAGAUAAAAGAUAUCGACGAAUUUAAAAAUGUUUCAAAGAAAUUGUUUUAUCGAAUUAUUGUGUGGUUCGGUGUUGAUUUUGAAACUGUUGACAAAAACAAAACACAAAACAUUGAGUUUAAAAAAGUUACUUACACUCAAAAUGAUAGAAAGAAAUUUGGUAAUAAGAUUCCAUCAAGUGUUACAUCAAUUGGUGAAGAAUGUUUCUUGAAAUAUGAUCGUAUAAGAAGAGUUAUAAUACCAUCAAACAUCACAUCUAUUGGUAAUCGUUGUUUUCGUCAAUGCAACAAUCUAAGUAGUGUUAUAAUGCCAUCUAGCAUUAAAUCAAUUGGCGAAUGGUGUUUUUGUUUUUGCGAUAGUCUAAGUAGUGUUACAAUUCCAUCGAGUGUGACAUCAAUUGGUAAUGGGUGUUUUGUUUUAUGUAGCAGUCUGACUAGUAUUACAAUACCAUCAAGUGUUACAUCAAUUGGUGAUCAAUGUUUCAGACAAUGUACAAGUCUGAGCAAUUUUACAAUACCAUCUAGUGUGAAAUCAACUGGUGAUUGUUGUUUUAAUCGAUGUAGCAAUCUAAGCAGUGUUAUAAUACCAUUGAGUGUAAUAUCAAUAGGACAAUGGUGUUUCUGUGGAUGUGGUAAUUUAAAAAGUGUGACAAUACCAUCGAGUGUCACAUCAAAUUGUGAUGAUAUUUUCGACUCACACACAGUAAAAUUAAAAGGUGGAAUUGGUGAAAUUGUUGGUAAUACAAUGAACUUAAAGACGGUUUUUUGUAAAUAA